AUGAAAAUUGCAGCGUUUUUGCUUUUUGCUGCUUCAGAAGCUUAUCCUCCAGCAGAUAUUGAAAAUCCCGGAGAGAGUAAAACUUGUGCAAAUGAAGUUGCAGAAGAUGAUUGUAAAAUUCCUUUGAACCUGUUUUUUGUUCCGUUUGUCCCUAUAGUCGAGAAAACAUGCACUAAUAAAGCAGCAGAUGGCGAUUGCGAGCGACUGUUAGUUCAGAAAAAUGGCACUUGCGAUAAUUUUGAAGUUGAGCAGUUGAAAAAUUGUGAAGGUACUUGUAACAAGUGUUACGAAGACCCAACGGAAGCUCCACCUACGGUCAAAGUGGAAAUAACUACAGUGCCCCCUACUCUCGACGAUUUUGUCAACCAAGAUAAUUACGUAGAUGAGUACAAUGACGCAGCUUCUGAAGGAAUUCUCCCCGAUCACGGUCAAAAUGGUGUGAACGUCGGCUACCCAAUGGGCUAUCCGUAUCCGGGCUACCCGUACCCGUAUCCAGCGGGAUAUCCUUACCCACAAGCACCAGGGACAAAUGGCGCUCUGCCGCCUUACAUGGCUCAACCAACCACAGUAAAGCCAGGCAAGCCGACAAAGAAACCACCAUCGUGGGCCGACGAAAACGACAAAAAUGAAACACUCAAUCCAACAGGCGCGAUCGAUAAAGAUGGUAAAACAAACAUCAACGUCCCUGUUCUCGCCAGUGGUAUGCCUUCUAUGCUCAUCCCUAUUUGGGUGGUUAUUCUCAUCGUUGUCGCCUUGAUCGUUCUUCUCAGUGGCUGCUGCUGGUGUUCAUUGAAAGUUCACGGAGGUUACCUCCGAAGAAGAUUCCGAAAUGACACACGAAAACAAACCAAAGAAGCAGAAAAUCGAAUCAAAGACUUGGAAAACGAGCUCUCCGCGAUGCGUACAGUUGCCAAAGAGAAGAAUGAGCAACACGCGAAAGAGCUUCAAGAAGAGAAAGACACACUGAACGCAAAAAUCAAAGAACUCCAAGCUGAAGUUCAAGCAACUGCGGAUCAAAUUCCAUCUUACGAAGAAGCAUCGAACUUCCAAGAUUUAAACAUGGAAAGAAUCAAGGGCACGACAAUGACAAAUUUUGAUGACAUCGAAUCGGUGCCGAAACAUUUCGAUGAGACCUCUAUGAACGCCUCCAUCGCGCGCCAUUUCAACGAAGCGCUGAAGAAAGCCGAUGUUCCAAAGAAUAAUCCAGUCGACGACAACACUUCUGUCGCACCGUCGCAGAUGGAAUCAGUCAUGACAGUAACUGAAUCUCAGCAACAACGACAGCGAGUUGAGAGCUUGAACUCACGAGAAGCCGCUUACGCAUACAAAGAACAUUACCAGCCGCCUCAAAUCAGUAAGGAUGAAUUUGAUGACACGAAAAAUGAGCUUGAUGAUACUAAAAAAGCAAUGAAAGAUCUCCAGGGAAUGGUCAGAAGCUUGAUUGGUACAGUCGCAGAUCAACACGACGCUACUGAAGCGUUGAGGAAAAAACUGAAUGAGAAGCCACAGAAUGUUGGUCCUCCUGCUCCUCCGCCAGUUAAAAUUACUACUCCAGCUGUUCCCCCAGCUCCAAAACCUCAUACUUACGAGAAUACCGCUACUGUUGAUGACAAGUAUGGUCAUCUUGCUCCAGCCCAGCCUCCAUCAGCCCCUGCUCCAGUCCCGACAUCAGCCGCAGACAAGCCGCCAACAAAAGAGUUCAUUACGCCAAUUCAUGCAUAUUUCAAGCCAGGUCUUCCCACAGGAGUCGCACCAGCAAUUCCAAACGUUCCUCCGAAAACAACGAAUCCUUCAAAUGCUCCCCCUGAAUUCUCGUUCUCAGAAGCAGCUCCAAACCCACCAACAAGAAAGUUCAACAAGCCGGAUUGGGACGCUUCUGUAAAAGUGGCCCCUCCCAAACCUCCAAGUGUGACUUCAUUCGAGAGGAUGCACAUGGAGUUGACCAAAAGACACCAAGAACAACCCAUUCCGCCUCAAGACUUCGACACACGCUCAAUGGCGUCUGUCGCAACUACAGCCAAUCAAACAUUCAUUUCUGAAGUGACCAGUGAAUAUCAAGCCGCGGUUGGUAAAAGCAUGAGAGAUGACAGUCAAACGAGUGGACAGUAUUAUGAAAACUUUUCAGUGUCAGAAAAUCCGAUGGGCCGUUCCCGAAUGAGCUCAAUGACUGAAACAAGCUACACUCAGGAUCAAACGACAACACAGUUUGACUCAGACAACUCUCAGAAAUCAGUCGUUGAAAAUUCUCGGGCUACUACGCGACCUCCAGUUUACGGAACACAGGAGCAAGUACUUGACAUUCCAGAGUCAAGGGCUACAAUGAACAACUUUAUAAAUCGAAUUCCUACUGCUGCUUCUCGUGACCGAUUUACAACUCAUAUGAGCUCAUUGGAGGAAAAGUGGGGAAAGAUCAACCAUCAAUUGAAUUACAGUGAGCCAGAAAAUGAAAAACUUUCGAAACAAAUGUUCUCCCUCGGCAUGGAUAUUCUGAAGCCAAAUGGUACCGAAAACAUAAUCGAAAUUGGCCGAAAACUCGGUGAUCUCGGAACAAAGCUCGCUGCAGAAGAUCCUCGCGCUGGAACUCUCAAUACAUUUACUAAGAACGUGCUUUUUACCGCCAUUUUCAUGAAUAAGCAGCCGACUGGCAAUGAAAUGUUCCAGACAAGUUAUCACAGCUUACUUGAGACUGCAGAUCAGAUGAUGGGACUUCUUUCGCAGCAGUUCAAAGAUGCACAUGUAACAAAAGCCAAACCAUUAGCAAGUGCUACUUUCCCAGCGGAGUCCAUCGAAUCAGGAUUGACAACCUCGGCAACAACUGCAAGCUCCUCGAGCUCAUCAUCGGAGGAAGAAGAGGAAGCAUCAGAAGCUAAUCCUAGCGAAAACAUAGAAAAGACUGUCGAUGAUCUUUUUAAUUCCGCCGUUGCCUCAGUUCCAGUUCCACAACAAAAAGCUAAUGAUGAAAACAAAGAAGAAGAAGAAAGUUCAAGUGACAGUUUUUCAACAUCAAGUGAGUCGGAGGAUGAAGCUUAG